AUGGAUUAUAGGUCGGACAGGCUGUCAUCCCACCACGGAGUCCAACUAUCGCCCUCACUUUCUGGCCAGAAAUGGUCACAGCUCACACCGUCUCACUCCCGUCCGGUAGUCGAGACUGUUGGUCCAUCUCAUCAAGCAAGCUCCGGCCGUUAUAGAGUUGCUCUAGAUACCUCUGCACGGACAUACCGCACCACUGCCUUACGUCAAAUCAAUGGGAAUCACAGACCUCCGUCCUGGGUCAAUCGCCAGGCCAAUCGUUCUGGCAAUCGGUCCUCGACGUUAGCGUCUCAGCCAGUACUGGUUCGGGCGUAUUCUGGAAGUACAGAUGACACUGGAGAAAUAUCCAAUAUGCCUUCACGGCUGUCAUUUCCAUUCUCAGUUCGGUCUGGAACGCCAAAGCGUGGCCCAAGCCUUCCCUCAGAAGAUGACUUUAGUAUUGAUGGCAUUCUGCGAGCCAUCGAGCCUGAAAUUCGAAAUACUUUGGACGCGAUUGGCGAAAUAUGCGGCCGAAGCAAACUCAGUUUGGCCAACGAGUAUGGGAGUCAUAUCGCACCCUUGGGAGAGAUUCGGGCUCCCCCUGGCGGUCUCUUGACUGUCGAGGAAGCCAGUUCGGACCAUGAGAGACAACCUGAUGAUGCUAUGAUAAUUUUUGACGAUGACAGUAACAGUGUCAUGGGUGUGCGAGAUUACACCACUCUGCCUCAAUAUCGUUACUUAGAACAGACCAGACCAUCUACAAUCCCCCCUUCUACGAUGGGGUAUCACUCAUUCGUGCCGUUCUCUGUCGCAGAGGGCUUGUCUGUCCUCGCGCAGUCUGCCAAUCUCGAUGAAAACACCUCGGACCCCGUUGCAGAUUCAUUGCCUGCGACUAGGGAAUUCAUGUCGAAGCCGAACUCAAGCGGUCGAACAUUGCUCGGAAAGCAGAGCGAGUGCAUUACAGAGGACCAUCUUAAGAGUAUUUUGACACCUGCGCUGGUAGCAGAGAUCCGCCUCGAGGCACAAGCCAACGGCCAUUCAUUACACGCAUUACCUUCUGACUCUCGCCGAGGCCAGCUGUCCGCAGCAGAGAAUGGUGAUACCGCGACAAGGGAUGGUGGACAGACAGAUAAACUGUCUGUACUGACAGACGUGCAAGCGCUGUUCAACUGGCUUAGGAACGCUUCUCAGGACGGUCAACCUCGGUCCGCUGAAAAGCUGCUGCGUGCCAUGCUCGAGAAACAAAAUGAACAUCCGCCAAGGAACACAUGCUAG